UUCGAACCACACGAAAUAUCUAUCAGGAGCUGGUUGGCGCUGAAUCGCUCAACUUCACAACCCACAACCUCCAAAAUGGCUUCUCUUCAUCUUCUCUCCCAACCCAUUACCAACCUCCCUUCCUCUUCUACCCCUCUCUUCCCCCAAUAUCCCCUCCAUAUCCCUUCUCUAACCUCUCUCAAACCCAAAUCCUCCAACCCCAAGAAACCCCUCCUCUCUAAAUCCCUCACAGUCCCACUUGCUCUCACGGACUCAUCAGACUCCCCCACGUCCCUCGAAUCCAACGGCUCUCAAUCCCUCCUUCAACAACUAGCCGAUAGCUUUGAUCUUCCGCAAGACUAUUUUGCGCAGCUUCCGCGGGAUCUUCGUCUAGAUCUGAAUGAUGCGGCUUUCGAUCUUUCGAAUGGACGGGUAAUUGAUGAGUGUGGUCAAGAGCUGGGAGAGACAUUGUUAAAUCUCUCUCGAGCCUGGGAAGUAGCUGAUGCAUCAACUUCCCAGAGUUUAGCGAGCAAGCUCCCUAGGUUGGAGGAGUCUUUGACAGACAAUGCCAAAUCAGCAUUUGGCAAGCGUUUGGUAUCUGCUGGAAGGAGGUUCCAGUCCAUGGGGCAGUAUGGUCAAGGUGAACUACAAAAGAUUGCAAAAGUGAUGAUUACAACUGGAAAGCUUCUGUCUGCACGUUCAGUAUCUACAGCAGCUGAAGAACAACCAAAGGAAUCUAGGAUGCUGAAGUUUGGGGACCUUCAAGUUGAACUAACGACAGAUAAAGCCAACAUUGGUGCUGCCAUUGGCUUUGCUUUUGGGAUUCUUUCAUGGGAAGUAGGUCAGGGCGUUCAAAACAUUCCAGAGAGUUCAUUGCAGUAUGCAAAUGAUAAUGCUUUGCUGUUGGCUAAGUCUCUGAGGGGAGCUCUACUUGCACUCUGCUACUCAUCAACAAUUUUGUCCGGUUUUACUGCUGUGGCACUUGUCUUCCUUGGAAGACAACUCAAAUCAAAGGAAUAGUGAGGUUCUUGGCUUUGCCUCAGUUUUGCUGUAAAUGCUUUUUACAUGUACAUUUUUAGUUAAUAACAUCCAUUAUAAAGGAUGAUGUGGGAAACUAGAAUUGAUGAUGCCUCCGGUAAUGAUUUCGUAUAGUUUGUAUCAUCUAGUUCCUUAGAAAA